UAACGUUUAAAUGGUUGUGUGUUACACGUGUUUUAAAAUAUUUUAUUAUUUGCAUAUUUUUUGUGCAAUUAGUUAAAGUAAAUAGGAAAAUGCGAUGUUUUUACGUGAAGAAAUGAUUUCUUGUAGUUCAUACUGCGAGAUGACAUUAUUAUGACAUUAAGUACGGUUAUACGACACCCUCUACCCAAACGAAAGUCAGUCGAAGGCACAUCGAACGAUGACGUUCGCAGAGAACGCCGAAGAGAAGCGAAGUUCCAGUGAUCUAUCGACCGCGCGACUCGCUAUGGAGGAUCCGCGUGACGUCCAGCGGUCAUCGGAGGAGAACUCGAACGUGAGCACGGAGGGGAAUCCGUUGUUGGAGUCCGAUCGAAAAUCUAUAUCGGUGAAGAUCGAGAGUACGGCUGGGAAGUUGAAGAAGACAGACAGGGACGAGGAGGACCGGGCAUCGAUGAAUAAUUCGCGAAAGGAUCCGGAAGCUGUUGCUCAGAAGAAUGUCGCACCGCCGGAUGGAGGUGCUCGAGCAUGGAUGAUUAUGAUCGGCAGCUUUGUUAUCAACGGUGUCCUCUUCAGUGUCAUUAAUACUUAUUCCUUAAUCUACCUCGAACUGCAGAAACGUUUAUCGGAAUCUGGAGAGACGGCGGCGUCCUCGAAGGCGGCUUUAGUAGGGUCAUUAACAAUCGGCACCACGUUCUUUUUAUCACCGAUCUCUGGCAUUCUUACUGACAAAAUCGGUAUCCAGAUGACAACGUUUCUGGGUGGCGCUCUUGCAUCCAGUGGAAUGUUACUCUCAUCAAUAUUUUCUAGCCAGGUGACGUUGCUGUAUCUGACAUAUGGGGUGAUGUACGGACUUGGGGCAAGUCUGGCUUAUACCCCGAGUUUAGCGAUCUUGGGGCAUUACUUUAAGAGGUACUUGGGCCUGGUGAAUGGUAUUGUCACAGCUGGAAGCUCUGUAUUCACCACACUUAUGCCAUAUUUCAUGGAGGUGAUACUUCGGCGAUUCGGAUUGGAAGGCACGUUAAGAUGCCUGGCCGUACUCACCGCGGUCGUCAUGGCGUGUGCGUUACUUUUCAAACCAAUUCCUUGUACGUAUAAGUUCUGGAAUCAAUUGAAGUCAAAAUCAAACUUCAAAAGCUGUUUGAAGGAGGUCGUCAACGUCUCCAUUUGGAAGAAGAAACGAUACGUGGUUUGGGCCAGUUCCAUUCCCCUCGCCCUGUUUGGGUAUUUCGUCCCGUAUGUUCAUAUAGGGAAAUUCGUUGAGACAGUGUUCAAGGGCGCGGAUGGAAAGCUUCCAAUCAUGUGCAUCGGCAUCACAUCUGGUCUCGGCCGAUUGAUCUUCGGUUAUAUCGCUGACUUGCCUAAGGUGGAUAGAAUACUGUUACAACAGAUAUCUUUCAUUAGCAUUGGCGUUCUUACGAUGCUUCUUCCUGUCACACCUUCCUUCGUCGUGUUGUUACUUAUUUCUUUGGCGAUGGGAUUAUUCGAUGGGUGCUUUAUAUCCCUUUUGGGCCCCAUUGCCUUCGAUAUAUGCGGCCGAAAAGGAGCCACUCAAGCUAUUGGCUUCUUACUGGGCAUGUGCUCGAUACCAUUGACAGUGGGUCCGCCAAUUGCUGGUCUGCUGUAUGAUCAUACCGGUAGCUACGAUCUACCCUUCUUUCUAGCAGGUAUACCACCAAUAGUAGGGGCACUGAUGAUGUUCCUAAUAAAGUUCGUUAAAGAUGACGACCAGAACUGUAUUAGAGAGAACGCGGAUAGUAAAGCGGCUAGUCAGAAUGGUCGGUAAACAGAGUACUCGAGCAUCGACUUUCUGUCCCCGUGCUUCGUGGCGACUCUGAAGGACAUGUGCGAUUCACACG